CUGUGUUAAGAGGGUGGGCCGAUGCAUGUGUGAGUUAUGUGGGUGAGAGAGAGUUUGUGCGUGUUACAGCACUGCAGACAGUUCUGGAGGUUAUUUUGAAAGUGACCCCCUCACUGCCGCGGACCGCUCACAGCUGUCGGGAACCAUGACACAAGAUGACGGAUACGGUUGUCGUAGAGGGACAAGUCAGACUUCGAGAAGGGAAAAAGUGGAAAAACAGAUGGGUGAUUCUUCGGAAACCUUCGCCGGUAGCAGACUGCCUGACAUUGCUGGUGUAUAAGGAGCGUGGAGAGAAGAGUAAAGGACAGCGGGAAAGGAAUCAGGCCACACUGAGGGAUAUCUGUGGACUGGAGGCUCUUCAGGGGUUUGAUGGAGUGAAUUACGCGCUCAGUCUGCUCUGCCUGAGCCAGUCUGUCAUGCUGGGCUUUGACAACAAAGCGUCUCUUCUGGCCUGGGAUGCCCGUAUCCGCUACAGCCUUGGAGAGGUCCACAGGUUCAACGUCAACGUCCAGCCUGGCACCAAACUAGAAAGUGGCCCCGCCUCACUGCAUUUGUGCAACAACUUGCUUGUCAUCGCCAGAGACCUUCCUCCAACUGUUAUCGGCCAAUGGAAACUGUCGGAUUUAAGGCGUUAUGGUGCCGUUCCUAACGGAUUUGUCUUUGAGGGAGGGACACGAUGUGGCUAUUGGGCUGGUGUUUUCUUCCUUGCGUGCGCAGAAGCAGAACAGAUCAGUUUUUUGUUCGAUUGCAUUGUUCGUGGCAUAUCGCCAAGCAGGGGCCCGUUUGGACUGCGUCCAGUCCUGCCAGACCCCAGUGCUAACCCGUCAUCUUUAGAAGACAGGAUUAGCCAGGAGGCCAGUGAGCUAGAGAAACGACUCAGCAUGCUGUCGAUUUGUAGUCACCACAGCAGCUCAGCCUCCACCUUCAGUUAUGGCGCCUCCUUGGCAGGAGAUGAUCGGAGCAUCUCCAGCUCCUCCUCUGAGGCCAGCCAUUCUGAUAACAGCCUGGGCAGCCGCCUGGCAAUAUGGCCUGAGCCGGUCAGACACCCCACCCCUGUCGAACCAUCAUCAUCAGCAUCAUCCCUGUUAGGGGUUGUGGGAUCUAAGAGCACAGCCUGUUCUGUCAGCACGUCCAGUGAUGAGCGUCUGUAUGGAGCUAUGAUGGGAGGGCUCCGUCCCCCAUCCAAGCCUCCUCACCCUAGAGGCCUUCAAGAGGCGGGACGCCAGAGCUCAACAGACAGCGGUAUUGCUACCGGAAGCCACUCUUCGUAUUCUGGAAGCUUCUCCUCCUACACUGGUAGUAUGGAUAUUGCACAUGGAGAUACUGAUGAGUUUGGAUCCUUAACAAGCCUCCCUCAAAACCCCAAUUUAAUCUCGAACUCCCUUAUCAACACUCCAGUACGGACAUUUCCACUAAUUCCUGAGCACAAACCGUGUGUGUGUCCACUCCGAGAGGCUGCUCAAAUGCAGGCCGCCAUGUACCAGGUACCUAAUCCACCUCAGCAGCAUUACGACGUCCCCCGCAGGGUCUUACAACAGCAAUCCUCCAGUCAGGAACAGUUUUUGACUUCCACAACCCAGGGACAGAGACCUGAAUGUGGAGCUCUGGGACCAGAGGCCGUGGCUGCAGAUGAAACCCCCAAACAAACUGUCCCGCAGAGAUUCAACUGGUGUGGUGAAGGAGCAGCGCCACCUGAAGGUUCCACCACACCGCAACCACAGCCCGCCAUCUGUCCUGACUGUGGGGGAGGAAAGGUGGAGGAGAGGAGCAGGUGUGAGAUAAGAAGCAGUUCUGAGGAGCAAAAGUCUGAUGCUGAUCCAAAAGGCAAUUAUGAGCAGAUGGCAUUUAUGGCUGAUGCAUCCAGGUGGACACCGUUCAGAGCUGGAGAGUAUGGAGAAACAGGACUUACAGUUACUGAAAAACUUCAAAGUGAUUCUGUCAACUAUGUGAACAUCCCCAUCAGUCCUACGUCUAAACGCCAGCUGCACUAUAUGGAGUUGGAUCUGCAGGACCGUCCAGAGUCAAGCCACACUGUCAGAGCGGCCGGCUCCAGCACAAAAUAUGCCCACAUUGACAUCACUGCGACUGAGACAGCACAAAGGGUGGGAGCCCAGCAUGCACAGGGCCGAGAGGAGAGACUACAGGAACUAGAACAGAAGAGGAGAGGAACACUCACCUGAAUAUGUAAUGAAGUGGAGUCAAAACGUCUGAGACCACAUUGAAAAUAUAGAUUUUUUUUCCUUUUAAACCUGUUUUUUGCAUUUUGAAAAUGUUAUAUGUAUAUAAUGCUAAUAUAUAUUUAAUAUGGGGGGCCUCAAACUCGGUCCUGGAGGGCCGGUGUCCUGCAGAGUUUAGCUCUGACCCCAAUUAGAUCCACUUGAACCAGCUAAUCAAGCUCUUACUAGCUUUAGCCAUUACACUUUUUUGGCUAAAGUGGCUUCCAGUGGCUUUGUAGAAAGUAUAUUGAGGCAAACUGGAGCUAAAAUCUGCAGGACGCCGGCCCCCCAGGACUGAGUUUGGGCACCCCGAUUUAAUAUAACAUUUUAAGAUGGUGUCAUAUUAUUGGGUCACUUUUGUCAGUUGUGAGCAAAUUUUUGAAAACAACUUUUAAUAAUUUUUUUCUUGCAUCAACUGAGGCACAGAAUGUGUAUCAUCAGUUGCUUUUGGAGUUCAUGCAGCUCAAAUGUAUUUUGUCAUUUUUAAAGAAAUCCUAAAUUCAUAUAUGUUUUUUAAUUUAACUUUUUCAAAUUGCUGUGCUGAAAAAAAUGUUAGAGAAAUGCAUAUUAGAAUAAUUGUUGGUAGUGGUCUCUUACGUUCAGACUCCACUGUAUAUCAGUGGUUCUCAACCAGGGGUCCUUGGCCCACUAAGGAGGCCUCAGUAUGACUUAAAGGUUUAAAUUCUGUCAUUAAUUACUUACUCUAAUGUCGUUCCAAACCCAUAAGACCUUCGUUCUUCUUUGUAAAACACAAAUUAAGAUUUUUUUAAUGAAAUCUGAGAACUUUCUGACCCUGCACAGACAGCAACACAGAAUGUCUAUGCAGGUUCAGAAAGCUCUUGGAUUUAAUCAAAUAUAUCUUUAUUUGCGUUUCAAAGAUGAAUGAAGGUCUUAUGGGUUUGGAUCGAUGUGAAGGUGAGUAAUUGAUGACAGAAUUUUCAUUUUUAUGUGAACUAUCCCUUUGACCAUAUUAAACUUAAUGAAUUGUUAAUAUAAUGAAAAUAUCAAAUUCUAAUCUAAAAUGGGAAAACACCAAAUACAACCAAAAUAUAAACUGAAAGUUGAAAACUGGAUUGGACUAUGUUGGGCUUUCAGUUGAGAACUACUGCUGUACAGUAUAUGCUAAAUGUAUUGCUGAAUUGCAUUUUAUAUGCAACUUUGUGUAUGACUGUAUUAUUUUCCAUUUUUAACAUUCAGAUGGAAUUAGAAAGGUUAUAAAUCUGAAAGCAGAUCCCAAAUGCAACAACUGUUGACUGUAAAUAUAUACUUUCAUUGGUGACCAAUUUUGUUCUGUACAUUUACACAUUUAAAUAUUUCAUGAACUUUUUUUUUUUUUCAAAUAUUUUCUGAAAUUUCUAUAUUGACUGUAGUAGUAGUAAUAAAAAAUGAUACAAUAAUGACUAGCAUUGCUCAUCCUUAAAUGCUUGAUGCAACCGUCUGACAUCACGUCAUAGAAAACACAAGGCUUGGGUAGAUUGUUUUAUUAUGAAAUGUGUAACGAAAUGAGCAGAAUCUGGACUAGUACAAAAGCAAUCCUAUUAUUUAUGGAGAUCACAUUCCUAAUUCAUUACAAUGCUGGAUUACCAUAUUUUCAUGAAUAUGAGGAUUUUAAAAUCACAAACUAGUUAGUAAUAA